AUGUUAGGUAAUUCAGAAAAAACUAGAGAUAUUCAUAUGUCUAGUUCUAGCUCAAAUCCUUCAGCUAAUAUUGGUUCUAGUAGUUCAGGGCCUCAGAUUAACUCUGAGGAUCCUGAGAUUAAAAGAGAGAGAUCUCGUACUAGAUCUGAGUCACCUGUUAUUGUAGGUGAGAGAGGGGUUAACCCAAAUAUACCUGAAGUACAGGUUGAUGAUAAUGGAGGUUUUUAUCGUACUAAUCAAAUACCCUUAAAAUAUACUAUAACUAAAGGAAGUGAGAUUGUUACAGAUUAUAGACCUAAUGGUAGAAAUCAACCUUAUGCAUGUAGCAUAGCUAAUGCUAUAGAGGAUUUUCAAAAGAAUAGAGGUGGUGGACGACAAGUACCUGAACUUGAUAAUAAAGCUCAAGCAUUUUUUGAUAAUUUUCUUACUCAUAACUUCCCUAAUAAGAAUUGA